GUGCAAGGCAUUGUGGAAGGGGCUUUCACUUUUCCUGCCCCAGUUUUUUCUGCUGGCGCCCUGUUGUAUGGGAAUAUCGGCAAUGUGGCCAUAGUGCUGUCAGGGAGCAGUAAAACAGACCUAACAGAGAAAUUCAGAGGCAGACUGUGGUGGGACAGUAAGACGGUACUCUUCACCAUCACCGAUCUGCAGAUCCAGGACUCUGGCCAGUAUAAAGUGGAUAACAGUGAUGGAGUGAAGAAAGUUACAGCAUAUCAGCUGACUGUAUACAAUCACGUGUCUGAACCCAGACUGUCGGCCGGUGGGAGCUGCUGGGUUCUGUGUUCUGUGGAGAACGGGAGAGACGUCACCCUGUCCUGGUACAGAGGGACCGAGAGACUGAACCAAACCAGCAGCCCUGACCUCAGCACCAGCCUGUCUCUCCCCCUGGAGAUAGAACACAGAUACACCUAUUACUGUGAAGCAAAGAACCCAGUCAGCUCACAGAACCUCACACUGGAGAUACCAGCAAACUGCAGCAAAACCUCAGUGGGGCUCUAA